GUUGCAAAGGUAUGCGGUCUCUUAGCAACAUACUUUCUUAGCAUUUUAGUUUUCUAUUGUUCCUUUUAUCACCGUGGAUGGUUCCAAGUCAAGCUGGUUUCUCUUAGCAACAAACAAUCAAUCAAUAAAAAGUGUUAAAGCUGAUACGAUUUUCCAUCAAACAUGAGCCCUUUUACUGAAAACUCUGAUCAAGGGUUCGAACCAGAUGAAAAUGAAAGUAAAUUGAUGAUAAGAGAGGGCAGUGGACAUUUAGACAUUAUUGACCUCCUGACUCAAGUUGCCGACACGUACGACCUUCAAUCCGUCCUGUACAUAAAACUGAAAAUAAUGACGAAAGAUUUGCCACUGCACAAUUUAAAUUUAUACCUGCCAGGGCUGAAAGAACUCGAUCUUGAUAAUAGUAAUAUAAACUCAUUGAGGGAACUCGGGGCAGAACUAGGAGGUCUCCAGGUUUUGAGAAUCAAUAAAUGCAGACUGGAAUCGUUGGACGGAAUAUUGUCGUUUAAAAAUUUGUCGGAAUUUUCCGCUUCGAACAAUUAUAUAACUAAUAUAGGUUUAGUUGGACAGCUGGAACACUUGCGGUAUUUUGAUAUUUCCAGAAAUUUUAUACAAGACUGGAAGCAGUUGUCGUUCCUUAAAACCUGCGACCGUUUGGAGCAUUUGCGAUUUGAAGGAAAUCCAGGCAGUAAAUUCACAAGCUAUCAAGCGGAAGUGAAAAAAAUGCUUCCAAAUUUGGUAACGCUGGACGGAAUUACUCUAGAUCCACAGGAUAACACAACGAAUGAAGAAAACAAUUUGGAAAAUUCAUCUUUUAAUCCUACAAUUGAAUCUGAAAAAAGAGAGAGAAAAUACACGUUGACACCGGAUAUAUGCGGAAAUCUGGCCAAGGCUCUCAUACAAUCCAAGAAACAGUCACAUUCCAAAGAUGGUGGAGACGAAAAAGCAGCUUCGAGUAAUCAGAACGUCGGAGCAAACGGUUUGCUACUGGCAGCUGAACACUGGAAAAAGACAUUUCAGGAGUUUCUGAAGAACCGCUCCAAUAGUCCGACUUAAGCAAGGUUAAUAAUUGUUGAAAGAGGGGGAAAUUUCAUCAAAUACAAGCUAUAAUGUUUGCCAUUAGAAAAAAAAUGUAUAUACUUAUGCGAUAAUAAUAAAUACUGCACACGU